AAUAUUUAAAUUACACACUCAGUUUCCUCCUCCUCCCAAAGAAGUUGUUUUUCAAGAGAAACAGUCAACACCGCCACUUCAAGAGACCACUAGUCGCCGCCAUGGCCGACCACCACCACCAUCACCAUCAGCACCGUCCUAACCGCCUAUCCGUCCCUCCACGAACCGCCACCACUACCUUCACCUCCAUCUCCUCAGCCACCCCCACCAAAUCCAGACCCUACCCAUACACCUCGACGACCCCAAUCCCAACACCAUCAAAACACCGACUCUCCUCCCUUCCUUCCAAAUCCUCUUCAAAUUUCUCCUUUUACUUCCUCUUCCUCCUCUUCUCUCUCCGCUCCCUCUACUCUCUCCUCCCUUUCCUUCAAUCCUCUCCUUCCUCCUUCAAUAUCUUCCCUUUCGCUUUCCUUGUCUGUCUCCUCUCCUUUCUUUUAUCCCUCUCUUUCUCUUUUUUCUUCUCCCCUUCCUCCUCCUCUAAAACCCCUUUACACUUCAGAACAAACCCUAACCAACCCAUCUUUUCUCUCUCCUCAAUCUCCCAAUCACAACACAGGCUCUUGUUUUCCAAAUCUCUCCUCCUUACUGUUGUUUUCCUCAUCAGAUUCCAAGCGCUUCGAUAUUGUGGGACUGCUGCCAUGAUUCUCGCUGAAUUAUCCGGUAGUGUUGCGGCCGCUCGUUUUGUUACUGAUCGGAGGAGAAAGAAUAAUAAUUUUAGUGUAAGCACCCAUAAAUUACCUGGGUUUAUUUCCCUUUUUUUCGGCUUGUUUUUGCUUUCAAUAAGUUGGGAUCGGAUUGAUUGUUUCCCAUUUUCCAUUGGUUUCAUUGAUAAAUAUGGGAUUUCGGUUUUUCCUAGAGAGACUUGUUUUAGGAUUUGGCCAAUGGUGUUGCCUUUUGUGUCUGGUUUCUUGGGGUUUUAUGAGCGUGUUUCUAUGAAUUGGGGGACAAUUAGAGCAUUAGACCAAAAACGGGUUCGAUUGAUUUCUUUGUUUUAUACCACAAUUAUACUGUUUAUUCCUGCUGCUGUAAGCUUUAUAGUGUUUGAAAGUGGUAAUGGCGAUGGAAAAGGUGUUUCUAUUGCGAGUUUAGGUUGGCCUCUGGCGAAUACUGUGGUUUUUGGGGUUCUUUUGAGUGAGAAUUGCAGUGAUGAUGGGAAGUUAGUGGGUUCUAAAGAUUUCCGGAGAGAGUUUUUUGUUACAUUUGUUUGCACGGUUGUUUUGGAGCUGUUCUAUUUCCCUGAGCUUUCUCUUUGGGGGCUUUUGAUAUGUGGUUUCUUGCUGUAUUUUGGUGUUAAAAAUUUGGACUCUAUUCAUUCACAUUAUCCUGAAUUAGGAAUGGAUACACCUCCGAAGGUAUUUAGUGGUUUUAUUAUGAAGCCUAUCCGCCACAUUCUGAGCGAGAGAAAGUCCCGUAAGAUUGCACUUUUCCUUUUGAUCAAUACUGGUUAUAUGGUUGUCGAAUUUGUUGCUGGGUUCAUGAGUAAUAGUCUUGGAUUGAUAUCAGAUGCUUGUCAUAUGUUGUUUGAUUGUGCUGCUUUGACAAUUGGUCUAUAUGCUUCUUAUAUCUCCCGGUUGCCUGCAAAUAAUCAGUUUAAUUAUGGUCGGGGAAGGUUUGAGGUUCUGUCAGGAUAUGUUAAUGCUGUUCUUCUAGUUCUUGUUGGAGCACUAAUUGUAUUGGAGUCAUUUGAGAGGAUUCUGGACCCUCAGGAGAUAUCAACUAAUAGUCUUUUAACUGUUUCGAUUGGAGGACUUGUUGUGAAUUUGGUUGGUUUGGUCUUCUUUCAUGAAGAGCAUCAUCAUGCUCAUGGUGGCUCUGGAUCAUGCUCCCACUCUGACUCUCAUGCUGACUCACAUGCUGACUCUCAUUGUCACCACCAUCACCACGAUUCACAUGACCAAGAAAAGCAUGAUGAACAUGCCUCUGUUUCCCAUGAAUGCCAUGAGAAGUCCUUGGCUAGCCAUGAUGAACAUCAUGAACACCAUCUUUGCGAUCACCAGAGCAUUAUAGACAGCUGUAAAAUCGGGAGUUCCAACAGCCAUGAUCCCCACGAUAAUGCUCAUGACCAUGACCAUGACCACUCCUCCCAUGCUCACCAUCAACAUGAGCACUGUGAUCAUUCACCUGAUCACAGAUGCCAUGACCAUCAUCAUCAUGCCAAUCCUCAAGAACUUCAAUAUUUGGAUUCUAAAAGUGAUUCUUCUUUGGGAAAGAGUGGUUCCCAACAAAGGACACCAGUAUCUGGACAAGAGGAACCAAAAAAACACCACCAUCACCACAUUGACCACAACAUGGAGGGAAUCUUUUUGCAUGUUCUGGCAGAUACGAUGGGAAGUGUUGGUGUUGUUUUGUCUACUCUCCUAAUUAAGUACAAAGGAUGGCUUGUUGCUGAUCCUGCCUGCUCAAUAUUCAUUUCCGUUUUAAUCGUAUCUUCAGUCAUUCCGUUGCUCAGAAACUCUGCUGAGAUUUUGCUUCAAAGAAUUCCGAGGGCUCAUGAGCAGGAUCUGAAAGAAGCCAUAAAUGAUACCAUGAAGAUAAAGGGGCUACGUGGCAUUCAGAACUUGCACUUUUGGAGCUUUACUAACACAGAUAUUGUUGGUACUCUGCAUCUUCAUGUCUCAGACAAAAUUGACACAGAAUCUGUGAAGGCACAGGUUUUAAACACUUUUCAGGAUGUCGGAAUCAAGGAUUUGACAGUGCAGGUGGAACGUGGCAAGUAAUUACAUUGUCAGCUGUCCCCGAGCGCUCAUCUUUUUGAAGUAUUUAAGAAACGCGUGAUUAUCUGGCAGUUCAUGAAUUCCAGAUGAGAUCUUUUGGGCAGUUCAUGUAGUGCCAGCAGCAGGAUGCGCUAGUGUUUAUUGCCUUUAAGACCAGCAUGUCUUCCAAUUGUGAAGGAUACUGAAUUUUGUUGAAUUGGUUAGCACACAUGUAUUCUAAUGAGCCUGUGAAUUUUAUGGUUACGUUUUAGCUAAAAUAACUGCAGUGAUAAUGUUUGAGAACUAACCAGUAGAGGGGCAUAAGCGUGCUUGCAGUUGCAAGGAGUCCCUGAUCUUUCAAGAAAUUGUUGUCGGUCAUGAAAGCAAGCUGAAGUUAAUCCGGGUGACCCUUUCCUUCCAUCGCAUACAGUGAUGUUAUUAUUUUACAAAACAUUACGAGUGCAGUGUAUGUAUAUCAUGCUCAAAGAAUCUAUAUAAACACCUGUUGCUGGUUCAA